AUGCUUUUCGCCAAGAUCUUCCAGCUCGGCGCCGUCGCGGCCUUCAGCUCCCACGCACUCGCCAUGGCCGCCGUCAGCAUCGAGGGAGAAGCCAGUCUCAAGGCCCGUGGAGAGGAAUCGGGCGAGCAGCAGCAGCAGCCGCCGCAGCAACAACAACAACAACAACAACUGCUGCAGCAGCCACAGUCGGGCGGGACUCACGGCUUCAAUGCCAUCAAGACCCAAUCCAGAACUGGCAAGACAGGCGUGGUCCCAGCUCUCAUGGUUAACGAGGGCUACCCUGGAAGAGAGAACCGCCUGAGACGACCUGCGCGGAACUCGAAUGGUGGUGGUCUGCCCACCAUAGACGAGGAUAAGUAUGGCCUUCUGAGCAAUAGGUUCAAACAGAAUUCAAGGCUCGUGUAUUACCCUCAGCCCGAGGAAAGGGGCCGCGGCAUCAAAGCAGCGCCCCGAAAGAUGUUCAACACAAAAACUGUCCAUCCUGGAUCUGUGGGCACGCUCGUUUCGGAGGGUCAACCCUUGUCUGCCGCCGACGUGCAAAUCCAACAGCCCUUCCGCCCUAGGAAAAAGAUAGGCAAGAGUGUCCGCACGCACAGGCAGUCGCCCGCCUAUGCUCUGAUCCGGGCCGCAGCCUAA